UAUUGCCCAGGCUGGUCUCAAACUCUUGGGCUCAAGUGAUGGUCCCUUCUUGGCCUCCCAAAAUACUGGAAUUACAGGCAUGAGCCACCAUGCCUGGCCAGUUUUUAAUAUUCUCCAAUGAGAAAGAACCAGGGCACCCUGGAGAAGGAUCUGAUUCCCGGGCCAGGGCAGGGAAUGCAGGAGGAGCCUGGAGCGCCCUGCAGUGCCAGGAAGUCAGGACGUGCCCCAGAAUGAAAAGUCUGUUGAUGGGGGCGCGUCAGGGGACCCAGCAGCCGAUGGCAGGAGCUCCCCAGGGCCAAGGACGGACAGUGUGAUUCGCAAAACAAAGCAGUGUUGUGUUCUAGCUCAGAGUGCAGCCUCAAUAGCCGUGACUUCAUCCCAAUAUAAACAAAUGGCUGAGUAUAUAAACAAAUGGCUGAAUAUAUAGACAAGUGACUGAGAAGAGGCCACUGUCUGGUGCAGAACUUCCAGUAAUUCCCCUAGCUACCCCUCCUGUCAGGGUGGUAAAGGGUGGUCCCUGCCCCUUCAGUGUGGCUGCAUGCAGCAGCUUCCUUCAAGAGCGCAGUGCGGGACGGGAAAUACGAGAGUAUCUUUGCAUGGGGAGACCUGACAGUCACAACCUCAGCCAGGAGGUCGGGCGGCACCUCCCGCUAUGAGCCGCGCUGACAGGAUGGGCCUUGGGCACGGGGCGACGAGAGGGACGUUUCCCUCUGUGCUCUUCCUCCCCACACCCACAGCCCAGCCUCAUCAUGAGGAGAGCAGCACGUGGAUCCAGUCAGGUGUGGACCUUGCUGCGUCAAUAUGGAUUCGUUCAUUGUUAACGAACAGGGCAUCCUAGUGUAAGGGUUAGCAAUAGGAAGAGUGAGUGUGGGGCCGUGGGGAUUCUGUGUUUGCAGCUUCUUUGUAAAUCUAACACUUUUCUAAAAACUAAAAGCUUAUUAAAGGUAAAAUAACUUCCGACACAGACACAUGGCUCGUGCCCCCUGCCUCAUCCCGCCUUGGUUCCGACUGCUACCCGCUGCGCGGUGCCUCUGCCCCGCUCCUGUGCUCUCUGUUCCUGGCCCUGGCUAUGCCCGGAAGGUGCCUUUGCUCUUCCUUUUCUGGGGUGGUGGGGUCAGGCCACACCGGCACCUGUCACUGGCCUGUGGGCCUCUGUGGCAGCUCCCCGUGGAGUCUGCAGGGCCUGCUCCGAGUCUGCUCCUCUUCCCAGUGUGGUGUCUGUAGCUCAGUGUCUGUGGGUUCCGGCUGCCCCUCCCCCUCCCCCCACUGCACCCCCUAAAUUUUGAUCAGUAGGAAUACCUACUCCCUGCACGUGUCCCCCAGUGAACAAACACAGAAGAAUGUGGACGUUCCUCCGCAUGCCAGCCCAGCCCUCUUAGGACAGUGGCACAAGCCACAGAGCUGCCAUGUGCUGACCAGACCCACUGGGCACAUUGGAUGUGCUCUGCCCACCCUACCCGGCACCUUGUCCUGUUUCCCUUCCCCCAUGCCACCCUCACCACUGCCUUGCCUCGUUGUCUGGCUUCUUGUGCCCAAAGCUUCCACCAUCCCCAGCUUCCCUUGUGUUGUGCCCUCCAGCCCCCAGCAGCUCAUUCUCCCUCUCGUGGGUGUCUGCAUGGCCUCCUCUGUCCAGGUCAUGCCUCCCGAGAGUGGGGUCCCAGCCCUGCUACUCCCCACGCCCGGAGCCCGCUCUUCCUGUGGCUCCCUUUGCUGUUUGGGUGAUCUGCCAGCACCUGUGUCCCUGCUGUUGGUGGAGCCCCUGAGGGCAGACCGGCAGCCAUGAGCACAGUGCCUGGGUGUGUGUGGCACCACAGGGCUGUGGGAUGGCCUUGUCGGGGCAGAGGAAGGCCCAUGGGCACGUGGACGUCCUGAGCCUCACCGGGCUGUUCGUUCUGUAGAGACGAGUUCUGCACUGCUCAGAGCGUGGCUUAGGGACUGGCCUAGUGGGGAAAAUGAAACUGCAGCCUGUUGGGCCUGCUGCUGCUGCUGCUGCUGCUGCUGCUUAGGGAGGGGGGGCUGGCCUGGGGCCAUCCUCCUCCGCUGUGGCUCCUGGAGAGUGUCUGCUGGCCGUCUCCCCGUGCGCCCAGGCUGUGUGUGUGCAUGCAUUCGGGACACCACAGCUCCCAUGGUGGCUGGUGUUGAUAGGGUUGUGCCCUGGCUGCUUUCCUGAUGGCUCUGUGCUCCCGGCAGCAGCUGGUGCCGCGGGCUGUGUCCUGACUCCUGCAGGGCUUCACACCGACAGAGGUGCUGGGACAGCUUCUGAGGGGCAGUGGCUGGAGAUGCUGGGGUCUCUUGAUUGGCAGGAAGCACAGAAGUGCGGCUCCCAUGUGGGUGGGUGGGGCUCCCGAUGAGCCCGUGUUGUCAGGGGGCUGUCACUGCCCCUGGGGUCCACACUGACUCAGGACGAGGAGACAACAUUGUCCUCUCACAUGUUUGCAUUUUCGGGACGUGGCGGUCUUCUGUGUGCAGACCAGCCAGAAGAAAGGCCAGGGGGCCAUGCCCCUCCAUGUGCCCCCAUGGGGAGCUGCUCUGGGCAUUUCUGUUGGGCUGGGUGCCCUGUGGCCCUGGCUGGCCGCAGCCUCAGCCCAGCACGGUCCAGGCACCCCAGAAGCUGGUUGGCCCCUUCUCUCUCCAGGGCCAUCCAGUGGGAGAGCCACUUUGAGUGCCUCCGGCUAUGUAUACACUGCAGGGCAGGGCAGCCCAUCUUGUCUGUCUGUCCCCAGCCCGAGCAGUGACUGGGCUGGUCUGGGCCGGACAAGGGUGAGGGGGUGCCAUCAACCUGGAGCUCAUCAGCAGAGCUGCUGCCUGUGUUCAGAAGGGCUUUCCUGGGGGCUUGGCAGCAGAGGACCUUGAGGUCGACCCCGGGACCUCUCUGAUGGGUCCUUCUUGCAGGCCGAGGACGGCCCUGUCCCUUCCCUUCUGGUCCCACCCCCACCGCCUUUUCUGACAGCCAUGCCACUUUGGAAAAGGCCGAUUCAGAUGCUCCCUUAUUUAACCAGCCUUGGCCGGCCCUGGUCUCUGGAAAGGGAGCAGCUGUUUGUCUCUGCCAGGCGUCCCAUUGGUCAGGGAGUGAGGGUGGAGGGCCGAGAGAGGCUGCAGGGCCCGGCAGCAGGCACUUGUGAGUGCUGGCCAGCCGGCACCCCGCCCCACGUCCCCUCCUCACCUCCCCAUCCCACCUCCCCUCCUCAACUCCCCUCCCCACCUCCCCAUCGCCCACAUCAUGCUGGGAGACCACUGCAGUCUCCCUGAAGACCAAGCCCUGCCCAGCCAGUCCCCGCAAACCGGACUCUGCUGCAAAAUGGUGCUUCAGGCCGUCAGCAAAAUGCUCAGGAAGUCCAAAGCCAAGCCCAAUGGCAAGAAGCCCGCUGCGGAGGAGCGGAAGGCCUACCUGGAGCCUGAGCACACCAAGGCCAGGAUCACCGACUUCCAGUUCAAGGAGCUGGUGGUGCUGCCCCGCGAGAUUGACCUCAACGAGUGGCUGGCCAGCAACAGUGCGCAGGGGCCUGGGGGGCCCCUUCCCUGCUGCCCGCUCCUCCUCGAAGCCCCUCCUGAAGGAGGACCCCCGCAGCUGUGCUCAGCAGCCCCCGGCUCCACGACGUUUUUCCACCACAUCAACCUGCAGUAUAGCACCGUCUCGGAGUUCUGCACGGGGGAGACGUGUCAGACCAUGGCCGUGUGCAACACACAGUACUACUGGUAUGAUGAGCGGGGGAAGAAGGUCAAGUGCACGGCCCCACAGUACGUUGACUUCGUCAUGAGCUCCGUGCAGAAGCUGGUGACGGAUGAGGACGUGUUCCCCACAAAAUACGAGAAUUCCCCAGCUCCUUUGAGUCCCUGGUGAGGAAGAUCUGCAGACACCUGUUCCACGUGCUGGCACACAUCUACUGGGCCCACUUCAAGGAGACGCUAGCCCUGGAGCUGCACGGACACUUGAACACGCUCUACGUCCACUUCAUCCUCUUUGCUCGGGAGUUCAACCUGCUGGACCCCAAAGAGACCGCCAUCAUGGACGACCUCACCGAGGUGCUAUGCAGCGGGGCCGGCGGGGUCCACAGUGGGGGCAGUGGGGAUGGGGCCAGCAGCGGGGGCCCGGGAGCACAGAACCACGUGAAGGAGAGAUGAGCCGCCUGGGCUGGACAGGGGCGCACGUGUGCAAAAGGACGGUGGUGUGUGUCCUCUCCUGCAUCUGCGUGUGCACACAUGUGCUUGGCACGCGUGUGGUGAGGUCUGAGAAGGCCCCGGGCUGCGCUGGUGUGGGCUGCACAGACGCAGACAGCCCCGGCCAUGUCCUGCGGCCCCCUGUCGGAUGGAUGCGUGCCGUUUGUAGAGAAGAGCCUCUGGGCCCGUUCGCUCGUUCAGCAGACACGCGUGGGACUGAUGCUUCGAGUUUUCUUCUGUGGGGUUUUCCUUUCUCUGGUCUCCGUGCAGCCCCUGCCCUCCCUCGGGUGCUGCUGGCCUCCGAGGAGGAACUUGGUGGGGGCGUCUCCCCCAGGAGGGUGUGAUUUGCAGACUUGGGUCUCUGCUCUGCUUUGGGGUGGGGCUUGCUUUCACAGAGACCCCUUCUUCCCUCUUGCCCCUUCCUCUCCUGGCCUUGCCAGGAGUCUUGGCUGUUGGCAGCUCAGAGGUGGGGGAGGCCUGUGGUGCGGGGUGCCCUGCACCUGCUCCUGUUGCCCCUUCCUGCUGCCUCCUCCAUGCCCAAGGAACGCCCUGGUGCAGUCCUCAGGCAAGGCCAGGAUGGGGCUGAGGCCCUGCGUGGAGAUGCUGCACCAGCAGAAGGCUGAGACCCGCUUACCUUAGUUCAUCUGUUCACUCGUAAUAAAAAGAAUUCUCUCAGGUCA